AUGGCUAAGAGAAAUAGGUCACAAUUUCGCAUUCAGGAAAGAACUGCAAAAAAGAGAAAGCACGAAGAUUCUUUAUUAGAAAGCAAUGCCUUCCAAAAUGUGCCAGAAAAUAUAGGUGAAAAUGCCAUAAAUAGCACUAAAGGCGCAUCCUGGGAUGAAGAAGAACAGGACUAUGAAAUAGUUCCUAGAAAGAAUCGCUCUGAUACAUCGAACCUUGUAGAAGGACUUCCUAUCAAGGUUAAUGGUAAAGUUGAAAGAAAACUACAUAAAGCUCAAGAAAAGCUAAAGAAGAACGAAACAGAAGAGGAAUUUAGUGACUCUUCAGAAGGUGAUGAGUCACUAAAUGAAGAACAAGAAGAAGAGCCGAAAGAAGAAGAGCCUGAUACGGAAGAAAAAGUUAUACAGCUAAAGGAAGACAUUGCUGACUUGGUCACUAAAAUUAUGGAGGAACCUGAAGAAAACACUGCUGCAUUAGCGCGUUUAUGUAAAAUGGUAGAAUCUAAAAAUCCUAACACUUGCAAAUUUUCCAUGUUGGCUUUGGUUCCUGUGUUUAAAAGUAUCAUACCAGGCUAUAGAAUUAGACCAUUGACUGAAAGCGAAAAAAAGGAAAAAGUCUCUAAGGAAGUCUCUAAGCUUAGAAAUUUUGAGCAGGCUUUAGUUUAUAACUACAAAAAUUAUGUUGGAAGAUUGCAGAAUCUUUCGAAAACUCCCAGUAACGCUGCCCCUAUGCAGGUUUCAUUAGGCAUUUUGGCUACUCAAGCUGCCAAGGAAUUGAUCUCUACCGCAUCUCAUUUCAAUUUCAGGACGGAUAUCUUUACUUUAUUGUUGCGUAGAAUUUGCAAACCAAAAAUUUCGACAGAUCCAACCUCUAUUCAAAUAAUCAAGACAUUCGAAACUCUGUUAAAUGAGGACGAAGAGGGCUCAAUUUCGUUCGAAAUACUUAGAAUUUUCAACAGAAUACUGAAGACAAGAAAUUUCAACAUUGAAGAGUCUGUUCUGAAUAUGUUAUUAUCUUUGGAUGUUUUGCAUGAUUACGACCCCAAUACCAAAACCGAAGAACACGUCGGAACUCCUAAGUUAAAGAAGAAAGAUAGAAUCCAUUUGUCGAAAAAGCAGAAAAAAGCUCGAAAAGAAAUGCAACAAAUUGAGGAGGAAAUGCGUAGCGCCGAGCAAGCUGUUUCUGCAGAAGAGAGAGAAAGAAAUCAGUCUGAAAUUUUAAAAAUUGUGUUCACUAUUUAUUUGAAUAUUUUGAAAAAUAAUGCUAAAGCGCUCAUUGGAUCGGUAUUGGAAGGCCUAACGAAAUUCGGUAAUAUGGCUAACUUUGAUCUUUUAGGGGAUUUCCUCGAGGUAAUGAAAGAACUAAUUAGUGACACCGAAUUUGAUGAUCUUUCUUCUGACGAAGUUCGUAAAGCUUUGCUUUGUAUUGUUAGUGCAUUCUCGCUUAUUUCGAAUACACAACAUAUGAAAGUUAAUAUGGACUUGUCCAAAUUCGUGGAUGGGCUUUAUGCACUAUUACCUUACAUUUGCCUCGAUGCAGACAUUGAACUGUCUUAUAGGUCGUUGAGAUUAGCUGAUCCUCUCAAUAUCGAAAUAAUAAAACCAUCAGUUAACGUUUCUACUAAAGCAGAACUUUUAUUAAAGGCGCUAGAUCAUAUAUUCUUCCGUUCCAAAUCAGGGACCAAGGAAAGGGCUACAGCUUUCACCAAAAGAUUGUACAUGUGCAUCAGUCAUGCCCCAGAAAAAACAAGUAUUGCCAUCCUAAAAUUUAUUGAUAAAUUGAUGAAUAGAUAUCCUGAAAUUUCAGGCCUUUACUCUUCCGAAGAUAGAAUAGGCAACGGCCAUUUUGUAAUGGAGGCUGAUAAUCCUUCAAGGAGUAACGCAGAUGCGGCAACACUAUGGGAUAACGCUCUUCUUGUAAAACACUAUUGCCCUAUAGUUACGAAGGGGCUACACUCUUUAUCAACUAGAUCAAAAGAAUACUCUAAAUAG